CGAGUGUAAGCGUCACAAACACCUGUGGCGGCGAACACGUGCCCUCAGGAAUGAUAAGAAAUCUUCUCCUUAACGAGUGUACCUCACCAUCCAUAAAUAAUGUAUCGGGUGAGUCAACACUGGAGGCGGGUCUGGGUGAAGAGCGGGCGGUGUUGACGUGUCGUGUUGUACAGUGCGUUGUUUCUCUUUACAGGGUCGCCGUGUGGUGCGGGAGUGUGGCAGCGCGGCGCAUCCCAUCCCGCUGUGGGAGUCCAGAAUCUUCGCCGCCUGACCUGCCCGACGUGUUCCCGGUUUGACGCGCGCCAGGUCAACACAGCGUCACCUCGGCAGCGAGACAGUAAAGGGCGGCCUUACCCUGCGUCCCUGAGGGUGUCAUGUGAGAGCGCGCUGGUCGCGGCACCACCUCAAAGGCUGACACCGCGACGCGCGACGCGAGGCAUGUAGCGGCACCAUACAGGGCAGAAUGGUGCCCCAGCUGUGGCGGGGACAGUUGCUGGUGCUGCUGCUUCUAGUCAAAGUGCGUGCGGCGUGACGGCCUGACUCCAGCAGCGGCGUGGCCCGGCAGGCGAGGCCGUGAAGCGCCAGGCGAGGACCACCGAGCAGUGACUCACUCCCCAGCAGCGUGUGCGACGGAAUUCCGGGUCCGCUCCGCCGCCAGGGGUGCACAGCGAUCUAGCGAGGCGGUGGCGCAGCAGGAAGGCGCCAGGCUCCCUCCCGUUGGCGGCCUCAUGCCCGCGCCUUUCCGCUCAGUGUGUAGUGCUAUCUGCUUCAAGUGAGUGCCGUGCUGCCUGCCCUCCAUCAGCCGCCUGGGCCGCGGCGGCACUGAUUUACCGGUGUUUACUUACACGUGUAUCGGUGUGAGUGCUUCAGGUGUGUCCGCUGCACCGUGACCCCAAGCAUGGGCUGAUCGCGGCCCUGCCCACUCUGCCUGGCUGUCAGGACCUGUUACUGUGCUAGUGGCACCACGCCUGAGCUCCUUAGUCACUCAGCACCCCGCCAUGGGGCGGCCUUGCGUCCUCGCGUGCUGAGCGAGCGUGUGUUGCUCGCGGCGCUUUGGAGUCUAGUCACUCCUCCGUCACCCUCAUGAUGGACGACUACCACGACAAGAGGUUCAUCCGCGCCCUCAGGGUGGCGCCCGCCGAGCGCAACCAAGAGGAGUUGGACCUCAUCUACGGGUGUCUUCGCGGCAUGGAGGCGCUGUGCUGGCUGCGGGAGCCUGCCCUGCGUGCCCUGUGCCGCACUGUGAGGUACCAGGUGCACUACUCAAACGACAUCCUCUACUGCCGCGGGGAGCUGGCCACGUGCUGGUUCAUCCUGCUGUCUGGCUCCGUCUUCAUCGAUGGCUCCAUGUUCCUGCCCCGCUCAAGGUAAAUGAUGAACAGUACAGUACGUGCAUGGGGAGUCCUUGGUGUGAAGUACGUACACACACACACACACACACACACACACACACACACACACACACACACACACACACACACACACACACACACACACACACACACACACACACACAGAGAUAGGUACUCGUAGAUUGGUAGAUACAUAGGCAGAUAGAUGGACGUACAGACAGACACACAUACAGACAGACAGACAGACAGACAGACAAACAGAAAGACUACAAUCUGGAACACACACGAAAACAUAGUAAAAGAAAACACACACACACACACACACACACACACACACACACACACACACACACACACACACACACACACACACACACACACACACACACACACACACACACACACACACACACACACACACACACAAACA